UUGAAGGACAGGCAUCGAGUAGUUCUGGGAAUUUUCCAACUUUUGGUUGCAUAUCUCAAACUGUGUGUGACGCUGCUCCAGACCUGGGGGAUUUCACACUGCUGGACAAUAUUGGACAAUUCACCAGUGGACCAACUUGUUGUCAAGGAGACUUAUGUAAUGAUGGCACCAUAUCCCUGACAACAACUGCAGCUGCUCCAACUACAACUCCUCUGCAGUGUCUGAGCUGCUCAGAUGACUCCUGUUCAUCUCCAGUCUCAGUGCCCUGCUCCGCAGAGACCAUGUGUAUAACAGCCACCAUUAGAGAUGCUGAACUUGGACAAGCUGACACCGAGAGAUUCUUCAGAGGCUGCGCAACGUCCUCCGUGUGUCCAACCAUAGGAGAGCAGACAUUUUCAAUGGAUUUAGGCGUGGCCAGUGUUCUGGCAUCUGCCAGAUGUUGUGACACAGAUGACUGUAAUGUGGAGAAUCUUCCUGCUCCAGAUGCACAGACAGACAAUGGUGGACAAUGUUUUGCAUGUUUUCCUGGUCAAAGUGACUGUCAGUUAAGAUUUUCCUGUGCAGGAGUGGAGGACCGAUGCUUUGAAGGAGAGGCAUCGAGUAGUUCUGGGAAUUUUCCAACUUUUGGUUGCAUAUCUCAAACUGUGUGUGACGCUGCUCCAGACCUGGGGGAUUUCACACUGCUGGACAAUAUUGGACAAUUCACCAGUGGACCAACCUGUUGUCAAGGAAACUUAUGUAAUGAUGGCACCAUAUCCCUGACAACAACUGCAGCUGCUCCAACUACAACUCCUCUGCAGUGUCUGAGCUGCUCAGAUGACUCCUGUUCAUCUCCAGUCUCAGUGCCCUGCUCCGCAGAGACCAUGUGUAUAACAGCCACCAUUAGAGAUGCUGAAUUUUUUCGUACAACUGAAACCCAGAGAUUCUUCAGAGGCUGUGCAACGUCCUCCGUGUGUCCAACCAUAGGAGAGCAGACAUUUUCAAUGGAUUUAGGCUCAGUCAGUGUACUGGCAUCUGCCAGAUGUUGUGAUACAGAUGACUGUAAUGUGGAGAAUCUUCCUGCUCCAGAUCCACAGACAGACAAUGGUGGACGAUGUUUUAUAUGUUUUCCUGGUCAAAGUGAGUGUCAGUCAGUAUUUCCCUGUGCAGGAGUGGAGGACCGAUGCUUUCAAGGAGAGGCAUCCAGUGGUUCUGGGAGUAAUCCAGCUUUUGGUUGCAUAUCUCAAACUGUGUGUGACGCUGCUCCAGACCUGGGGGAUUUCACACUGCUGGACAAUAUUGGACAAUUCACCAGUGGACCAACUUGUUGUCAAGGACACUUUUGUAAUGAUGGCACCAUAUCCAGGAGAACAACUGCAGCUGCUCCAACUACAACUCCUCUCCAGUGUCUGAGCUGCUCAGAUGACUCCUGUUCAUCUCCAGUCUCAGUGCCCUGCUCCGCAGAGACCAUGUGUAUAACAGCCACCAUUAGAGAUGCUGAAGUUGGACAAGCUGAAAUCCAGAGAUUCUUCAGAGGCUGUGCAACGUCGUCCGUGUGUCCAACCAUAGGAGAGCGGACAUUUUCAAUGGAUUCAGGCUCAGCCAGUGUUCUGGCAUCUGCCAGAUGUUGUGACACAGAUGACUGUAAUGUGGAGAAUCUUCCUGCUCCAGAUCCACAGACAGAAAAUGGAGGAAUCUGUUUCAUAUGUCUUCCUGGUCAAAGUGAGUGUCAGGGAAGAUCAUUGUGUGAAGGAGUGGAGGACCGAUGCUUUGAAGGAGAUGCAUCGAGUGGUUCUGGGAGUAAUCCAGCUUUUGGUUGCAUAUCUCAAACUGUGUGUGACGCUGCUCCAGACCUGGGGGAUUUCACACUGCUGGACAAUAUUGGACCCUUCACCAGUGGACCAACCUGUUGUCAAGGAGACAGAUGUAAUGUUCGCCCCAUAUCCCUGAGAACAACUACAGCUGCUCCAACUACAACUCCUCAACCAACCCCAACAACUCCUGAACCAACACCUGAAUCAACUCCAACAACUCCUGAACCAACUACAAGUACUGAACAAGGGAAACUACCACCUCUCCGACUAUUUCGCCUAAAGCAGAAGCUACUCCGCCAACAACGACUACUUCGAAAGCAGCAACGGAAACUACUCGGCCAACUACGACUCGCUCGCCAAAAACACCAACAACUGGUUCGCCAGCAACAGCUGCUUGACCGACUGCAACUUGUUCAAAAAGGACAACAACAACUACAACGCCAUCUGCAAGGGGUUCGCCAACAACAACGACAAUUACUUCGCCAUCAACGUCGACUUCGCCAGCAACAACAAAAACUAAUUCGCCAACUACAAGUGCUUUGCCAAUGAAAACUACUAAUUAAAUGACAAAACUCCUGAUUUCAUGUUAGAAAAGAGCAAAAACAUGAGUUAUGGCCCACUCAGAAUCUCUUUUGGAGCAGGUUAAGACAAAAAAAAAAAGAAUGGUUUGGAAACAGAAACAGCCAAUGGCCAGUAGGAAUUGGAGCACUGAGACAAAAUCUUCUCCUUAGUUUGCUACACUGGGAAGAACAUGGGGAUUCUGUCUGUAGUGGGCUUUAAGACUACAGGAAAAAUAGGAAUCAGAUCAGUUUGAACUUGUUACAGUGUGUGGAGCUUACAGUAUUCUCUGUCGCUAACGGGACGCUAAUGGGACAAAGACAGCAUUGAUUUUCUCUAGAGACGUGAUGGAAGGGUUUAACAUAGUGUGAAAAGGGGUGAUUGGUUUGGAUUGAUAUUGAUUUGAAAGACUUUUGCACUUCAUGUGCUGAUAACACUGUACCACUGUAACACUGUGUUAGGCAAGUAUUCAUCAGUCAGAUCGAAUGGACCAAUAUCAGCGAUUUGAGGUUUUUAGAAGCCAGUGUUUUAUUUAAGAUCAACAAUAAACACAAACAGAAUAUUCUUAACAAUGUAUGAAAAAUAAACGAGAUAAUAAAGCCAC